AUGGCGAAAACACCACCGUCGACUACCAACUCCACGGAGAGAGCUCUGCCCCAUGCCAGCCUGCCCAGGGGCCGACAUGGUCGAAGCUGGAGAACGAAAGGGAGAUCAACAUGGCCCCCGCUCAGGCUAGACGUGGCGAGCGGUCUUUGCGGCCGCUCAUGGCCCGUGAAGGACCGGACGAACGCACGCACGUACGCACCCGCGCCGCCGCCACCGUCGUCCAGCGCACAGCUCCUCGCCGACACGGCCAUCGGCCUCCCCGCAACUAAGCGCCAUGUCAAGAAGCUCCGCCAUCAUGAGAUCUCCUUCCCCACGCAGCGAAUCGGCCGGAUUCGCUCGAAAGCCGUCGCCAUCAUCCUCCUUCCCCGACUCCGGCCGCCGUCUUUCGUCGUCGAUUGCGUCGCCUUCGCUGCCUUCCAGGCCUCCCCGACGCCUCCGUUGGGUUCGCGGGAUGAGUCACUGAGGGAGCACCUAGAUUUUCUGGAGCAGCAAGGAAUAGCCGGCGUGAGCCAUCACAGCCUUCUGUUUUCGAAGACAGAAGUGCUGCCAACUUUGAAUGAGAAUGAUCAUGCACCGGCCAGGUGCGGGUGUGGAUGAACCUUCGGAUGCUGGCUAGCGAGUCCGAUGUGUAGGAGUAUUCACAGUUAGUGGCUCCUGUGGCUUUGGAGUCUGCCUUGUUUCCCCUAUAUUGAGGCUUCCGAUAUGCAUUAGAUUAGUUAAGCUUAUGCCUUAAAAGCUUGACUUGUAUGCUAUGGCUUGGUGUGUAAACCCAACUAUACCACUGUCCCAUGUUCACCAGCUAUGUGUGUUGAUGUUGCUUUGUAAUAAUGUUGGGCCUUCCGCCUCAACCUUGUGUGUUAUUACCCUAAGUAUUGUAUUGUAUUUCUGCA